AUGCCCAAGGCGACGAAUAAAACUGCGAAAGCCACUGGAAACGAAGAGAUGAAACCUGGUCACGAACACCUCCAUGCCGCCAUGGCUUCGAUUCAAAAGGCAGAGAAGUCUCUUCUCCAGGCAAGGGCGCACAUCAAGAAAUGGGAGAAGUACUGCAAAUAUGAGGGCACUAUUACCCGAUGCGAGGAUAUGUUGGCUGACUUUGACGAGCUUGAUGGACGGUUGGCCGAAGUCAAGGAGACUAUUCAAUGGGAUAUCGAUGACAUGGACGAGGACGAUUGCGGCCAUUGCUGCGUUUGA